GGAACAGUAGCUACCUUUUCUCCUGCCAAGGCUCGACUGUUUUAUUUUUCUGCCUCGCCUCUCCAUGCGCGCCGAGCUUCCCUUGCUCCUGAAUUUAUUCUGCGCGGCGGCAGCUCUUACGCAGAUACCAGUUGCUUGAGUCACAGGCUUUGACACAAGCCAGAUGGCUGCAAUUGGUAGGCGUGCAGGCUGCCUGGUGCUACAGUUGAUGAAACAGAAUAGGAAGACCUUUUAUGAUCAGCUGCUGGAGCCCAGUAAGACUACAGCUUUGCUAGGGUCACAUAGGGAAAAAAAGAACUAUAAGGUGACUUUUUCUCACGAAGAACUGAAAAAGCGACUGACACCCUUGCAAUACCAUGUUACUCAGGAGAAAGGAACUGAAAGUGCCUUUGAAGGAGAAUAUACAUAUAAUAAAGCCAUUGGAAUAUACAAAUGUGUUGUUUGUGGAAGUCCUUUAUUCAAAUCUGAAACAAAGUUUGACUCUAAUUCAGGUUGGCCGUCAUUCUAUGAUGUAAUCAACUCUGACACAAUUACAUGUACUGAUGACUUCUCAUUUGGGAUGCACAGGGUUGAAAUAAGCUGCACUCAGUGUGGUGCUCAUCUUGGCCAUAUAUUUGAUGAUGGGCCACGUCCAACUGGAAAACGAUAUUGCAUAAAUUCAGCUUCAUUAGCUUUUGAGCCUGAAGACAAGAAUCAUGCUGGAGAAGACAAUGCUAGUUCUACAUGUGCACAACCAGAUAAGACAGAGUUGUAAUGGGAAUCUGUUGUUUUCCUAGAUGACAUGGAAAGAAUAAUUCUAAAUGGUUUUCUAUCUUACACACUAUUUUUAAAAUAUACAAAGAUGUUCUGCAGUAUGAAGUUUUUUCCCUGAUCAAAAUGAGACAUGCUAAUUUCUUUUCUUAUAUAACCAGGCAUAACUAUUUCACAACUUCUGUGCUUUGAUCCCAUAACAAAAUGUCUUUUGACACUAUGGUGUUGAUUACUUGCAUAUUUCUUAUAGUAAGUCUGAAUUAUAUUCCUUCAUAUUUUUCAUUCUUUUCAUUCAGUACACAACCAUAGUAAGAAAACAGUUUUCUAAUGGUACUUAGGUGAUUUUGCUUUGAUUUAUACAUAUACAUGGUUACGAGCAUUCCCUUAGCAAACAUUGGAAGUUACAUGAUAAGCGCCCCCUAGUGUUUAUGAACAAGUUCUAAAACUAUGAAUGUUGUAGCACUACAGCAGCUGUUUGCCCUUACAAACAACUGCAGGGGCUCUGCAACAUUCCUCCUGCAAUUCCCCUCCCCCCUCCAUGCCGAAUCUUCAUAGGCCUGUGCAUACUUACCUUGCGAAGAUCUAGAAACCUUUUGCUUUCCUGGCCUGUUUUGGCGCUUCAGACCUUCGGUGAGUACACAGAGAUUGAAGGCCUAAAGUACUGCAAGAUCACAUGAGAUCAGUAUUGUGAGAUCUCACGCUAUUGAUCUCUCAUGGUCUCACGAUACUUUAGACCUCUAUUCUCUGAAAACAGAAGCCUGGAUGAGAUCUGCAGCAAAAGACUUUGCAAAUCGAGGGAACCCCUGAAACAUCAAAGCUUUCCCUCCAUUUGCAAAGACUUUUGCCAUCCUUGCAAAAAGCCUUUGCAACCCAAAAUGGAGCUUCUCAGCUCCCUUUUGGUGUGUGCCGGCCUCGUCCAGCACUUUGCAGCCCAAAAGGGAGGUCCUUUGGGCUGUAAAGUGCCAGACAAGGCCUGUGCACACCAAAACGGAGUUUCAGAGGGGCGUGAGAGGCUAGAGAGGAGACAGUUUGCUAGAUCUUCGCAUAGAAAGUGACCCAGCAUAGCAGGUUGGGUGGGAGGGAAAGCAAUUGUGGGGAUCAUGAGGUAUUUCAGUGGGUCAGGGAGGCGUUGGGUGGUCUUAAGCAGGUGACCUGUUCCAUCACUAGGACCCCCCAUGGCCUUUCUCAUCCUGAAAUACCUCAUGUGUAUUUAACGAACCGAGCAUUUGAUUAGCAAAUGCGUGGGCGAAAGGAGGGCGUGAGCAUGUUCAAGGUAUGUGAUUCACUCCCACGAAUCUUCGGGUUACAAAUGAAAUGGGCAGGCUCCAUUACAUUUAUAACUCGAGAACUACCUGUAGUCAACUAACUCUAAUUAUUGUACCAUUCCAUAAAUGAGGCUGUAUAAUUUAGUAUAAUCAACCCAACUUUUGUCUUGGAUUUCUGCAAAAGUAUACAACUACAUAAAUGGCAACCAUACAUCCCUGCCUUCAGUUAGAUAAAUACUAUUUUUUUAAAAAAUUAAGAUGAUACUUAUAUUGGACUGCCUAGAUAAGAUUACUCCUUUAUGUAGCAGGUGGCUUUCCCUUAGAACAGCUUAAGAUGCCAGAGUAGUCAUAAUAUACUUUUAAAAGCUGUGGAUGAAGACUGGUAAUCAUAGACCAGUUUCCUCAUACUUAUAAUGAGUGUUUUAAAAGUCCUCAAUCCUCAAAAUGUAUUUUUAUCCUCAAAAAGUUAAAAGAGGACUCAUAGACUAGUCUGCAAACGUGAGAGAGAUUUUUAUUAUUAUUAUUUUGUGAUCAUAUAUAAAUAUAAAAACUCAGUAUUGCCUUACCAAUUAGUGUUGUCCUGGGAAACUUAAUACCUCAUUAAAUGGUACAGAUCUUCCUGAAAUUUCCCUUACAAUGUUUAAGCGGCAGUGUGUAGAUAGGAAAGUCCUAUUGUAAGCAUCAAAUUGCUGUGCCUAUGUUAUCUUUUUAUUCCUUCUUGGGAGAUAAUCACUUAGACUGUAUUCUGUUACUCCUUUUCAACUUUUAUAUGAAGAUCUACUAUCCUCAGUGUCGUGUCCACUUGCAUUAGAAUAAAGAGACAAUACUUCUUCAUAAACAAUAAAAACCAUAGCAACAAAUAGCCAUAUCCAGUGAAAGAUAGUGGCCUAUGGUAAAGUGUUAGUGUGAGAUGCCUGGUUCUAUUAAGAGUGAGCGAGUUUGCCUUAAAGAGGAAAUGCCUCUUUAUGUGUGGCCCUAACCCUAACCAUUGGGUUUGCCAUGGAACCUAUCCUGGGUCUCCCAAAGUGGAGUGGGAACAUGACACUGUCCUCACUGUUGAUUAAAAAAACAAUUAAAAGGUCAGUACAGUCAAUCUCAGUACCUGUACUGGCAAGGAAACAACAUUUUGUCCUUCGGCUGUGAUGAACAUAUAAUUUGUGAAUUAGUCUCAGAUUUUAGUAUAUGUAUGACAGAAAUCUCUUGCAAGGAUAUGACUACUUUCUACUUCAUGUUACAAGGAAAUUGGUGUGAUUGCUGUGAAAAUUAACUAUCAUGCUUGAGAAUAACAGCAUUUUAUGAAGUAUAACAUAAUACUAUUUAAUAUAAUUUUACCAUAAUUCAUUAUCUGUAUCAAACAGAUCACCUGUAUCUGGCAUACAAAUAGUUAAAAUUGCUAUCUAUUAGCCUCAUGCCUCUUAAUAGCAAAAAAAAUUGAAUUAUAGAUUGAUAUAGGAUUUAGGAAUGCAACCAUAUACAUAAGAGUUAUUUAUAGCAUUAUUCUAAGGCAUGUGAUUACUUUCUCAUUUGUUGGGUGAAUCUUUCUGCCAUUUGCCAAGAGAUUGUAUUUUUAUUAGAAGUUAGUUUUCUCCAAUCAUAUUUUCUGAAAUGAAAUCUCUGAUUUGUAACAUCAGCGAAAAUAUGGGGCAUUAAUUUUUGAGAUAACUUGCAGUUAAUGUUUCACUUUCAAUCUAUUUCUGUCUUCUUAAAGAAAUGUAUCCCUCAGACUCUAAUAAGCAAUAAUGUAAGCUUUUCAUAACUUGAUUUAUAUUUACAGUUUAUGAAAUGCAGUGAAUUGAAUCAGUAUGGCCACAUAUAUGUGUGCUGUCAGAGCAUAACUUCAUUAAUAAACAGAAACCAUGGGUAUAGAUUGUUUUCCAUUAAUAUGUAUUAGAAAUAAUAUGAGUGUAAUGUGAGUCUUACAGUACUGCAGAGCCCAAAAUAUCAUUUUGUUUAUGGCUUUGCUAUAAUUUGGAUAUAAUUGAGCGCAAUAUGUGACUGAGAAGUCCGUUAGUGUCUCCUGGAUAUUUUGUAUUGUGUGACUGAUAUUAUUGAAUGCACAUGUUUCAGUCUAUAUCAAGGGUGUCAAACUCACAUCACUGCAGCGUCACAUGACAUAUCGGGACUUUUCCCCCUUUGGCUAAACCGGGCGUGGACGUGGCCAGCAAGUGAUGUAUCCAGCCCGCGGGCCGGGAGUUUGAUAGCCCUGAUCUAUAUUAUAUAAGAGUUUAUACAAAUAUUGAAAGAAAAAGAAAAUGAUUAUUUUAGUAUAUUUGGAACUUGCCAUCAGAACUAGUUUUUUGCUUUUAAGACAUUAGGUUUUAUUCAGUGAAUAUGCCUUUUAAUAUGUUUGCUGAACACAGAUAUAUAAUAUAUUUAAUUUAUAAAUAAAUAUUUCUCUCUAUA